GUAGGACCGCUGAGGGCUGGUUCCUCUUUUCUCUCUCAGUGAGAUGCGCACGGCUCCAACUUCCUCAUGCAUCCCAGUGCGCUGAGCUCUGCCGCCCCGUCCGCACCUCCAGCCCAGCCCGCACAACAACUACCGAGAAGGGAUGGAACAAACGAAGGAGAAAUGAGGAAUAUUCUUUACAUUGUCACCAGAGUCUAGAAGAGCACACACAUCCGAAAAGAACAAGAGUCGAGGUGAUUGGUUGAAGCGCGGAGCACCAUGGGCUGUGUGGGUUCGAAGAAGGAGUCGGAGCCGCUCGGCAAAGGGACGGCCAACGAGGAGCAGAACCGUGCCCAGCAGGCGGCCCACUACGUCAAAGACCCCACCACCGGGACCUCCGGGAACAAGGCUAGCAAGAUGCCAUCCAAUGCAAACUCUUCAGAAGGAGAGAGUAUUGCCAUGGCACUGUACGACUAUGAGGCCAUUCAUGAAGCUGACCUUGGCUUCAAGAAGGGAGACAAGCUCAAAAUCUUAGCGGAAUCGGGGGAGUGGUGGAAAGCAAAGCUUGUGAGUACAGGUCAGGAAGGCUUCAUCCCCAGCAACUAUGUGGCAAAAGAUACUCUGGAGGCAGAGGAUUGGUUCUUUAAGGGCGUGAGCAGGAAAGAUGCUGAGAGGCAGCUGCUGGCCUCGGGGAACAAAGGGGGGUCCUACAUGAUCCGAGACAGUGAGACCACCCAGGGCAGCUACUCCCUGUCGGUCAGGGACGGGGAUGUGAGGACCGGAGACACAGUGAAACAUUAUAAGAUCCGUAUGCUGGACAAUGGAGGGUUCUACAUCUCUCCCCGCAUCACCUUCAGCACCCUGCAGGAGCUGGUCAGCCAUUACAAGAAGCAGGGAGAUGGUCUCUGCCAAACCCUGACCCACCCCUGCUUGAGCCCUAAACCUGAGAAACCGUGGGAGAAAGACGCUUGGGAAAUCCCCCGAUCAUCGCUGAAGCUGGAUAAGAAGCUCGGAGCCGGACAGUUUGGAGAGGUUUGGCUGGCUACAUACAAUAAACACACCAAGGUAGCAGUGAAGACCAUGAAGCCUGGCACCAUGUCGGUGGAGGCCUUCCUGGGGGAGGCUAACCUGAUGAAGGCUCUGCAGCACGACAAGCUGGUGCGCCUCAACGCUGUGGUCACCAUGGAGGAGCCCAUCUUCAUCAUCACCGAGUACAUGGAGAAAGGCAGUUUAUUAGACUUCUUAAAGAGUGAUGAAGGAAACCGUGUCCAGCUCCCCAAGCUCAUCGACUUCUCUGCCCAGAUUGCAGAGGGCAUGGCUUUCAUUGAGCAGAGGAACUACAUCCACAGAGACCUGAGGGCUGCCAACAUCCUGGUCAAUAAGGCUUUGGUGUGCAAAAUUGCUGACUUUGGCCUCGCCCGUAUCAUUGAAGACAACGAGUACACAGCCAGAGAAGGAGCAAAGUUCCCCAUCAAAUGGACGGCCCCUGAGGCCAUCAACUAUGGCUCCUUCACCAUCAAAUCAGACGUCUGGUCCUUUGGUAUCUUGCUGACUGAGAUUAUCAGCUAUGGACGCACACCAUACCCAGGGAUGACCAACCCGGAAGUGAUCCGUGCCCUGGAGAAGGACUAUCGGAUGAAGCGCCAGGACAGCUGCCCCGUGGAACUCUAUGAUAUCAUGCUGGAAUGCUGGAAAAACAAGCCUGAGGAGCGUCCCACCUUUGAGUACCUGCAGAGCGUCCUGGAGGACUUCUACACAGCCACAGAGAGCCAGUAUCAGCAGCAGCCAUGAGACAUGUCUUCUCUUAGUGCUGUUCAUUCUCACAGCAGGUCCACUUUCUACAGUGAAAUCCAGAGCACACACAUGUUCUCUCUUUACCACUUUCUGUUUCUCUUUUGCACACACACACAACCAUCACAGAGACUGUACAAACAUUAUUGGGGAGGGUUGAAAGUCUUUAAAAUAUAUUUGUAGCAAGCUAGACAUUACUGAUACUAACAUUUUAUUUUUAUUUUCAUUCAGCCCUCAUUCCUUAGAAUGAGAACAUUUAAAGUAAUAGGACUACAGAAUAGAAAUACAAAAACAAUAUUAGCAACCUAUCAUUUAUUAUUAUUACUAAUGCAAAAACAUUAUGAGAAAAUAUUCUUACCUCCUACUCUUACUACCAGUCUGAUGAUGAUCUGAAGGUGUGGAUUUAGGUUAACAUGACCACAGCUGCAUCAGGUCUACUGGAUAUUUGUCUGCACAAAACUGACCGUAAAUCGUCUGUUUCCUUCACAGUUAUUCCACUGGAUUUUAAAGUUGAACAUUCAUAAACAUAAAUAUUAAUUAAUUAAUAAAAUUUGAAUAAAUGCAUAAGUAAUUAGAGACUAGUGUCACACAAAACAACAGGUAUACAUAAGCAGCAAGGACAGUUUGUUUUCUAAAUGUAAGUAAAAAUAGCACCUUUGCUUGGAUAAGCUCUAAUAGUGAACAGGCAAGCACAUCAAGACUGGUAUUUUUCGCAAAUUGGAAAGGGAAAGCUGGAUUUAAAACAAAUCUGACCAUAUACUGUGCUGUAAAAUAGUCUGACUGCUAUUUUUCUAAACAUAUAUAUAUAUAUAUAUAUAUAAAAUAACAAUAUAAAUAGCAAAUCCCACUUCUCUACCCUGAGCCUCUUAUACUGUAUGUACAGUCUCUUGUAAAAAAGUAGAGUAACAAGAUAUGUCUAUAUUCACAAACAACAAACAAACAAGGCCACCUGAAUGCAGUCACAUGGAAGACACAGGAUUUAGUUGUUGUGCUCCAGCACAUAUUGUGCAUCCUGCUCCAUAACACAGAUGUAAUGAUGAAAUGUGUAAUCGGUCUGAUAAUACUGUGUUUAUGCCAACCAUUCAACUGUGACUGUCCCUCCUUCUCUGGUUAAAUCUGCAGGGUUUACCAUGUGAAAGGAGAGCGUUUGUUACAACGUGCAAGAUAUACUGUAUGCUUUAACCUAUAUUUAUAUAUGUUCCAUGCUGUGGAUUGUUUUAGCAAUACUCCUUCAAUGUGCCUUUUUUAGGUGUUGUUACUUUUUUCAAACAUUUAUAAUAUAUUCCACACGCUCUGUAUAUAUAAGGUGUGUACAAUUAAAUACAAAAAUGUAGGAAUAGCAUUUAAUGUGAAGCCAUAUUAACUGAUGAUGCUUUUGUAUCCUUUCCGCCCAUUACUUUGGUGGUGCUGUAUUUGGGAACUAAAUGAAAAAGCAGUGCAUAUAGAUCCACACAUCGUUUGGCCUUGUUUUAUUCUGAGUAAAACAAUAAUUUAUUUGUGAAAAUGGAACAUGAGUUUAUCUUGAAUGCAGUGAUCUUUCCAGAAGGAAACACUUUUUCUAUAAUUUUUUUUGUGAAGCACUCAUUAAGGCUUACUCUUUGUUUGGAGGAUGGGAUUCUUGUAGGAAUGUGUUUUUUUGACAAAAAUCCUAAAAUAUCAAAGGGAAUGCAUUUAAUAAUCUAAGAAUUUGUAAUGUGAUGAUUGGUACCCUUCUGAGUUCUGUGAGUAACAAUAUCUGAGAGGAUAGUGAACAUAUUGAAUCAAUGCCCUGUGCUAUAUAUGAAUUAAUCUGGUUACUAAUGUUUUUUUGUUUUUCUUUAGCAAUAUAUUAAUAGUGGCAUAUUUUGUUAAACGCUUUGUUCAAUGCAACUCUGGGGACCAUAUUCAAAUAAAAGGUUUUAUUAGCAUUUAUCUACCUUUUACACCAUUUUGUACACAGCUAUCUGCUUGUUUCUAGUUAAAUAGUAGGAGGCUAAUAAAUAUACCAUUUUAAAUAUAAAUACAUAUUACUUUUGGUGGUUAACAUAAAAUUAGGCCUAUGUCACAAGAUGGAAAAAUACUGUAAACACUUCCUUUAACUCAAUAGAUAUUAAUAUGUAUUUAUUAUAUUGUUAUAUUGUUAUUGGCAUUCAAUUGUUUCAGUUAUUAGUAGAUGUUGCUUUAGGUUAAAUCUUCAUCUGGAGGUUGUUUUGUUUUUUUAAAUCAAGAAAUUGCAUAAACCUAACAUUAUACAUGGUAAAACAAAACAAUCUCUUCUUAUGGAUGUGGAAUUUUCCCAUUAAAAAAACUGUGUAUAAACAAACAAUAUAUUUGUCUAUGGUUUCGCCCUUAAAUAUAUAAAAGUGUUUUCUGAAAAUCUUGAAA